AUGUACUUGUAUAAUGUGGAACACAAUUGUGGUACCACAGCCCCACACUAUCAGCUGCUUAAACAAGGAGAAAGUUUUGCAGUCCAUACAUGCAAAAGCAAAUCAACACGAAAUCCUUUGCUUAAAUGGACAGUAGGUGAGGGUGCCCUGAAUGAAUUUGCUUUUUCCCCAGACGGAAAAUUCUUGGCUUGUGUAAGCCAGGAUGGCUUUCUUCGGGUAUUUAACUUUGAUUCAGUGGAGUUGCAUGGUACAAUGAAAAGCUACUUUGGAGGACUGCUAUGUGCAUGUUGGAGCCCAGAUGGAAAAUACAUUGUAACAGGUGGAGAGGAUGACUUGGUGACUGUCUGGUCUUUUGUGGAUUGUCGAGUUAUAGCUAGAGGCCAUGGACAUAAAUCGUGGGUGAGCGUUGUGGCCUUUGAUCCAUAUACCACUAGUGUAGAAGAAAGUGAUCCAAUGGAAUUUAGUGGCAGUGAUGAGGAUUUCCAAGACCUUCUUCAUUUUGGAAGAGACCGAGCAAAUAGCACACAGUCUAGGUUAUCAAAAAGGAACUCUACAGACAGUCGCCCAGUAAGCGUAACAUAUAGGUUUGGUUCAGUUGGCCAGGACACACAACUAUGUUUAUGGGACCUAACAGAAGAUAUUCUCUUCCCACACCAACCCCUCUCAAGAGCAAGGACACACACAAAUGUCAUGAAUGCCACAAGUCCGCCUGCAGGAAGUGGUGGAGCUAACCCAGGAAGUAAUGGAAACAGCAUCUCAACGCCUGGGAACUCUGUGCCCCCUCCUCUUCCACGGUCAAAUAGCCUUCCACAUUCUGCAGUCUCCAAUUCUGGCAGUAAAAGCAGUGUCAUGGAUGGUGCCAUUGCCUCUGGUGUUAGUAAGUUUGCAACCUUAUCGCUACAUGAUCGGAAGGAAAGACACCACGAAAAAGAUCACAAGAGAAACCAUAGUAUGGGACAUAUAUCUAGUAAGAGCAGUGACAAACUGAAUCUAGUUACUAAAACCAAAACAGACCCAGCAAAAACUUUGGGAACACCUCUGUGUCCCAGAAUGGAAGAUGUUCCUUUGUUAGAGCCUCUUAUCUGUAAAAAGAUAGCACACGAAAGACUGACUGUGUUAAUUUUUCUUGAAGACUGUAUAGUCACUGCUUGUCAGGAGGGAUUUAUUUGCACAUGGGCAAGGCCUGGUAAAGUGUUGAUGAGGUCACUCAGCUGGCCUAAACUAGCAAGAUAGGUGAAAUGUUUACAGGGCUCUGGCCAGGGAGGUCUUUUUACCAGAAAUGAGUUAGUAAGCAUUCUUUUCAUUUUAUAUGAGAGCACUUAAUUCUAUGUCUAUUUAAUGACUCUUCGAAAACAGUAAUGGUAACAUAUUUCUUCCUCCUGGGUUAUAUACUGCAUUUUUGGGUCCUACCUAAUGUUUGAUCCCAUAUUUAACUUUAAAAAAAAUUAAGCUGCUACAUUUCAAUGUUGUCAUUUGAUCUUGAGAGUCCUGAAAAAGCAACUUCCAUUACCACUUUCCUGUGCUAAAAUUCUUUUCCACAUUUGCCAGAAGAUCCUGGUUGGUCACAGACUCCCAGACUGAGGAAAGAAUGACCAAGAAGACUCAAGCUAUUUGUGCAGUCUGAAACCUCACUGCCACUGAGCCAACCUACCUUUUUUCCUUCCCCAGCUGUCUUUGCCAUAUUGGUGCAGUCAGGAUAGCAAAUGGUAUGUUUUCUAUAGAAUGAGGAUAGAAUGUACACUCAUUCCUGAACAUAAGCAGCUUUGAUCUGGCUGCUUUUUGCCUUGGCUGGAAAAUCUAAACUUAGUUUCAGUAUCAGAAACGCAGAAGGCAGAUGGGUCCACUGCCAAACUGGAAUAAGAUGGCAUACACCAUAACUAGAACUUCCUCUUUAGCAUUUACAGAUGAUCCUGAGCUUCCUUGGGGUUCCCCCCCUUUCAAAAUUACAUUUUAAUGUGUUCGAAUGAUAAGUAUGGUGCUCAAUGGAAAAUAUGGGAUAAGUUUAUGGCCCUCUCCAGACAGGCCUUUGCAGCGCCCCCAUCAUGUGCUGGGGUUGGUUGAGGGCGCACCGCCCAUAUUGGCCUCACUCCUAGCAUGUGAUGGGGGUGUCAAAAUGGCAGUGCCCUGUCCACACGAGCACUGCCAUUUUGAUGCGACAGAUGCUUAGCAUCCAUGCGUCCCGAUGUCAUAAGGACGUCACAAGUGCACCAUCGGUGCACUGCGAUGUCCUUAUGGCGCUGCAAAGACUCACUUUUUGCGGGAGCUUUUUGCUGCACGAGGGAGCUGCAUGGUUUGUCCGCUGUGGCUCCCUUGCACAACAAAACAAGGCGCGAGCAGACUGCCCUUUUUGGAAAGAAAAAAAGAUCUGCACUAGCUUAUAAGACAGCUGCCUACUUUUCAGGCUCCUCAGUACUAACUUUAUAAAAUGAUAUGUGCUCUGCUACUGGGAAAAGUUAAACUUACAAAUCUUGCUCAUUUCCUUGGUUAUUAUAAUCUAACAGAGAAGGAAGGCUUUUGAAUACAGUCAGCCCUUGGUAUCCAUGCAGGAACCUGCGUUGUCCCCAAUGGCAGUGCUUCCCUGCGGCCGCGCCACCAUUAGAGAUAGCCUCUAUUGUAUCACGGUGGCGUGUUCACAUGGGUGUGCCACCAUUUGGGGGCAACAGAACCUAAUAGUGGUGCCGCCACUGGGGCUGUCCCAAUGACAGCACAGGCACACGCCACCAUUGGGGACAAUGCAGACUUGCCAUCUGCGGAUGCUCAGAUCUGAUGGCAAGUCCGCGGAUACCAAGGGCAAACUGUGUCUUUUCAAAGACUAGCCAUACACCAUUUCUGUCAGAUGUUGCCUUCAAAGGCAGGGUUCUUCCCUAACCAAAUCAUGUACAACCACUUUUAAUUUCAGGGAAACUUGACACCACUUAUCCAGAAAGCUCACAGUAACUGUGAACCCAACAGCACAGGAAUAGCAGAGUGUAAUGGCAGUAUAUACACCCUGGCAGAGUAAAUGUGUUACCAAUUUGUAGAACAAAAUGCACAUUAAAUUUAGUAUAUUUAUUUGAAUUAUAUUGUACAGAAAAAAAUCUAGUUUUUAAAUUAUAUAGCAUCUUUCAGUUUUCCAGUAAACAGCAGUUGUAAUACAGCAUCCUGGUUAAAUGAGUUCUGUAUCUGCUAAAGUAUUUAACAGACAUUUUGAAUUACUGUAUUUGGACAUGGAAAGAGGGUACAUUUACUACUACAUCUUCGUGGUCAAAGGGGAAUUUUAUUUGUUGCAACUGAAGUAUAAAUUGCCAUUGAGUACUAUCCUAUAUUGUAAGACACUACGAACAGAAGUUUGAUGAUUCCUUGAAAUAUUGCUAUACAUAGUUACUACAACAAUGGAGAAAGGCUAAUUACAACCCUUAGUGCACAGUCGAGUAUGGGUCAGUUACUUCUUGUGAAGCGUAGAGAGAGUGAUUGUCUUAUUAUGUGGGUGUUCAAACUAGAACAAAAACGUUCUUACUGAAGACUUUUCUGGCAAUGUUUGAUCUGUUGGAACUCAGCUGUGUGCUUGAAAGACUGUGUAUGUCUCCCUUCUAUUACAUUAAAGCUACUAAAUUUGCAUUUAGAA